UAGUAGCAGAUGCAAAAGUAUGCUAGCCAAUAAAAAGAGAAAGAAGAAGAUUAUGACAAAUAUAGACAAAUGUUAUUAAGUAAUGACACUUGUUCCUAUUUAUUUUGAAAUUCCUUAAAAAUACUAAAAUUCCUUAAAGUUUGCAAUGGACAGACUCAGUACUGAUAACCUCUCAGCUGAAAUCAAGCGAUUUUCACGAGGGCGUAGAAAGACAGCAACGACUAUUUCGGACUUUGUGGUAGACAGUAAUGGAGAUACUCUAGAAGAUAUCAUUAAUGUUCGAGUUUCAGAUGCAAAAUUUCGUGAUUUAAAAGGAAGUACACCUAUUGGCAGAAGGUGCAAACAAUUUUUUGGUAUUCAGGAACCGAUGACUCGUUAUGAAUUUCAUGAACAACUACGUAGGUUAUACAAGUGCUGUUUGAAAGGUGUAAAAGACCUGCAUGAACUUCACUUGCGUCGUUCUUUAGGAUUGGAUAUAUUAGAAGAUAUUAUAUCAAGAGUAAAUCCUGAAUACAUAAUGGUAUCACAUGUCAUACAUUUAAUUUGGUGCAUUAUGAGUUGUAUACACCAUUUUCAGUUGCGAUUAAAAACGUCUGAAACAGGAGUGAUAUCGUGGUCAAGAAGAAAGAAAUCAGAACAUUGUUUAAAAGUAUAUCGAAGAUUAAUAAGAAUUAUUGACAAAGACAUGUACCGAAUUGCUGUAGGUGCCAUUGUGACUUUCUACAGAGAGGGAAGACUCUGGGAAAUAGAGUUUGGUUGCACAGUUCUAAUCGUCGAAAUUUUGGAAAAUCAUGUUGACAUGAAAGAAGAUUUGGAUGACAUUUUACACACAAUCGAAGUUGCAACUAUAGAAAAUGGUGAAGAAGCCAAGUAUCUUACCAAAGUGUUAUGCGAAAUAAUGAAAAACAUAAAAUGGAAAAAGAUGACUAUGUACCUUAUCGCCAAGAUUUUAACUAUGAUCGAGAGCAGCAUCAAACCCAAUCCAAACGAUACUUUUAAUUACAUUUACGUUAGAAAAGGAUUUGAACUUUGUGUAAAAAAUGCAGUUCGCAAUUUGCACAGCAAGGAUUUAAUUCGAGUUUUAUUCAUACUGAUGAAUAGAAUUAAUUCGAAUGUUCAUGAUAAGGACAGUAUUGUGUGUUUCGGAAAUAUAGCAAUCUUCACAGCACAAAUUUACAGUUAUAGAGCAGGUGACAUAUCUUUUUCAGAAGGACCACUACCAAUAAUUAUCAGUUUAUUCAAGUCUACCUCCGCUAUUGUAGUAUUGUUUGGUCUAAAAAUAGCGCAGAAGAUUUUAGACAGACAACAAAACGGAGAGAAUUUUUUAUCUCCCAAGAUAUUUUUCCAAGACUGCGAUUACUUUUUGAAAAUAAGAAGCUGCCGUCAACAGGACAAGAACUUGUUCAAACGCAUGCGCCGACUGAUUUAUCAGAUCAUCAUGAACAGUUUUUUAGUGUCCGUUGGGAAAACACAAUUGGAGAACGUCUACAGAACUGUUGCUCUUCUCAUUAUAGAAAUACCUUGUGGAUAUUCCGCUUCUUGUAUCGUCACCAUGGCUAUGAGCAUUCAGGAAUACGCCUUUAAAAUUACAUCCAAAGACUUGGUACGAUCCCAUCAUCUACACGCCACUGUUUUAGCAUUGCUAACUCUGAUUUGCUACACUCAUAAUGCGAAAAUAUUUUACCAAUACGUAAGAACUAUUAUCGAACGCAGGGCUGAGCUGGCUCCACAUUUAAACCCACCAUUGAAGACUCAAUACGAAUAUUCCCAACACCAUAUUUUGUGGAACAAACCAGAUCUGUUUUUUGAAGAUUGGGAGGCCAGAUAUGGACUCUGGAAAUGCUUUAGAGGAAAAAGGCGUUUUAAGCAAUAUCUACAGGAUAGACUGCCAUAGCGAGAGUAAUAAGUUAUUUUAAGAACUAUUGUACUGUACAGUUAAAUUUUUAGAGAAAUAAUUUCUCUAAAAUUUACAAUUUAUUGUAAUGUCGUUACUUAAUUUAUUAAUGACUGUAAACCCUUAUUUUAUUUGGUUUUUAUUGAAGUUAUACUUCUUUAGGCGCUAUUGAGAUUGAGGGUGAAUUUAUAUUGAUCCGCGCGCAUGCGCACACCGACAGUUUGGUAUUAGUCUUUAUACUGGCUCUGAUUGGGUGUUGAAAUGAUCUGUCAAUAAUUGUUCAAUAUGGAGGUUAUCGGUAAACAAAAAUGUUGUAUAAUAUAUUAGUUUUUAUUGUUGUGAGGACAGAAAUAAAAUCAAAUUUAUAAUUAUAGUGACUUUUUAAAUAGGUUUGAAAAGCCACAGGUACGUAAUUCUAAAUGUUUCAGUUGUAUUCCAAUAAAAAAUUAUCUUCAUACCUAUUUGGAAAAUGUAAAAAAAAUAAUGUACUUACCUAGUACUUGCUAUGCUAUACCCCUAUUAGGCAAUGCU